AUGGUACAAAGACAAAAAUUAUUUGGAGUUCAAGUUCAACAUGUUAUUGAUCCAAAUACAGAUUUACCUGUUUUUCAUUUUAUUGCUUCAGAAUAUCCAUCAAAUAAACCUUUAUAUAUGUUUAUUGCAUGUGGAAAUAUUGAAUGUACAGAUAUGACGAAUAUUGUCGAUUAUGGUAUCAGACUUGGAGUAAAUCAACUUCGAGUUUCUGAUGUUUUUGUUGAUGAUCAAGGAACAAUUAUUGCAAGUUCAAGAGUUAAUUAUAUAAAAACAAAUGAGACAAUGAAUCUUAUUGUAAGAAUAGCUCGGACAAAGAAAACAAAAUUUCAAAGAUUAACAUUUGUUCAACUUUAA